AUGGGAUUAUGUAACCAUGAAAUGAAAGAAAUCAUCAAAAUAGCGUUCAACAGCAGCCGGGACCUGUUUUUUAGUGAUAUGAAAGGGAAGCAGGUUCCUCCCUUCGAGAUCUCGAGACAGGAGGUCAAUCAGCACUUUGCGACGCACAGAUGCACCUCAUGCAAGAAAGAUUUUCUCUUCUGCCACACAUGCCCUUUGACCAAACACUCCAAUAACGACGGCAAGAGAUGGGCCAACCCUAUCCAUGUCUGUGGUGGCCAGGCAGUGGCUGAACGCGCUUGUAAACAUAAGGUCAACAAGUGGCACGAGUUCUUUCGAGGAGCAUAUGCGAUAAGAAAGCUUUGGAAGGAGGGAGGAGAACCGUCGACAGAGCAAGUGAUGGAUCGAAUCAACGAGGCUUGCCGAGUCGACUCUGGUCAAAAGUGCAUCGUCGACGAAGAUAGACUGAGGAGUUUCUUUCCGGGGAUAAGCGAUGAUCAACUAUCGGCCAUCAAGAUGAUGCAUUGGCCGUCCAUAGAAGCAGUGGAGUCGGAGAAGACUUGGCUGACUGGAAAUUAUCAAACUGUGUGUAAGAUGAGCCAGGAAGAUGCGGAGAUAGAGGUGAAAAAAAUAUUUUCAAAGAUCGACAAGGUGAGCUAUCUGUUCUUAAGGACGAGGCAUCGAGAUCUCAGUAGCAGCGACACCGAUGAGGAAGAGGCGAAGCGAGUCUGCCCGAUAGAGUCAAGAGGCAUCGGCCCAACAAGGACCGAUAGGGAUGAAGACGAUGGGAGAGAAGCCAAAGAAAUGCCUCAAUCCUCCACCAGCGACAUGCUUGCUUUCUCUGCAGGUCCUGUGGAACCCGGAUUGCGAGAAGCAGCAAGAACGAUGGAGAGCAGUGUUUGUAGCGCUGAGAUCCACCGAGAAAGGUCCUUGGCUUCUCUUCUGCACACCAUCCUGAGGGAAGCUGUGAGUGUGUCGCCCAGCCAUCUGAAUGAUGGGAAGCACAACCACUUGCGAGACCUCUACGAGUCCCGUGGUAAUUCUCAAGUCGUUUUUAGCUGGUUCGGCACGCAACUCAUUCAGAUCUUCACUUCCUACCACUGCUGCCAGGACGAGGACGAGGCCGCCUCCUUGAACGACCACGUGUUCGGCAUGUCGUAUGAAGAACUCUUCGAAGCUCUCGACUGGUACGAGAGCUUCCGACUGAUAGACGAGCACAGCAGGGGGGCGUUUGCCGCUGUGCUCUUCGUCUCUCGCUGGCUGAUGUACAACUCCUCCCACAUAAGUGAGCAGGAGCAGGUGAAGCAACUGUUCGAGGAGUUCAAGGAGACCUUCAGCAAACCCACAGUGAACGGAGCUGCCGUCGAGUUUUUCUUUGAGAACGUGAUCGACUUCCUCCGCGACAGCAGGUGGGGCCUCAGGUAUCAGCCGAUCAAGCAGGAGGUGAUCUAUGAGGGAAGUUACGUCGUCCUGCUCCGCAUGCCUCGCGUGUUCGGCAGCGUCUUCCUCAACCUGAUGGAGGAGGACAAACAGGUGAACAUGCGGGUGAGGGAUGCCGGGCUCGAGAGCAUCGUCACGAGCCACUGCUGGAGGGGGGAGCAGCCGGGGAAGUGGAAGAGCGUGAGGAGCUGGUUCGACGCCCUUGCAGAGAGGGGCCUGGCUAAUACGAGGACCGGUGCAACGAGCACCGCUGCCCGACGUGAGCAGGGAAGGCAAGGGCUGAAAGCAGAGCUCGGUGAGCUGUUUGCGGUGAGCUGCAAGGAGGGGUUGGCAGGUGAGGGAGACGCACUGGCGAGGGCGAAGAGAAAGGAGAUGGUAAUGGAGAUGAUCCGCGAGGGGAUCGUAUUGACGCAGCAGGACGACGAGGAGUUUGCGAUCCUCCGCAUGUUCAUCCUUGACGAGAAGCAUCUCAGCAAGGAGCAGCAGGAGAAGUUGGAGAGGAUCAUGGUGGUACAGCCCCUGCUCCUCCACGACGGAUGCCUCGCCCUAGAGGUUCAGUCUCCAGAGAACCUGGCUCAGCUGACGCUGGACGAGAUCCACGACUUCUGUGGGAUCAGCAGGCUGAAGCUGCAGGUGGUGGUAGUUGAGGAAGAGAACGAGGAUGAGAGGAGGCUGAAGGCUGUUGAGACUGGCGACAUGCAGCGAAAGUACCGAGUGAGGAGGGGGAAGAAAAUCACGUUGCACUUGGCGAACCUCGGGGAGGAGGAAGUGCGUCUGCGGGUGUUCUACGUUGGUCCUUCUACGGGGGAUGGCGAAGACGUCGGGCAAGGGGAGCAGGAACAAGAGGAGAUCGUGCUGGAGCCGAUGACAAGGCAAGAGUUGAUCAGUACGCAACUUGAAGAAGGGCAGGAGAGCGACACCGUGAUCUUGCGGCAUGCAGACGGCACAGAGCUGCGACUGGUGAUGGUGGGAGAGUAA